CAACCAUGGUGGAAAGCAAAUUUCUUCGUCAGAGAGCCCGCUUUAUUUGGUACAUGGGACGGCGUAUUUACUAGUUGCAUGAUUAAUAUUUUUGGUGUGGUCAUUUUCCUUAGGACCGGCUGGAUGGUUGGCAACGCCGGGAUUAUUUUAUCCAUGGUAAUCAUCCUUAUUACACUUGGCAUAGCUUUAAUUACAGUAUUAUCAACUAUUGGUAUAUGUGAACGUACGAGAAUUGGAAGUGGAGGCGUUUACUUUUUGCUAUCCCACGUCCUUGGAAGGCGAUGGGGUGCAACUUUUGGCGUUCUAUACUGUUUCGGACAAGCCGUCGGUACAGCGUUAUAUAUAACAGGAUUUAGUGAAUCACUGGCUGGUGUCUUUCGGACAGAAAAUAUCUGGAUUAUUCGAUUAACUAGUACUUUAACACUACUUGUUCUUCUGGCUAUUGUUUUAGCUGGUGUUAAAUGGGUUAUCAAGUUACAAUUAGUCUUACUCGGACUUUUGGGCUUAGCAGUUGUAGAUUUUGUCUUAGGCACAUUUAUUCACAAAGAUACAAAUGCUGCAUUUGGUAUUACUGGCUAUAAAUUAGAAACGGUUAUCAAUAAUACGUGGCCCCAUUUCCAACCCGGCCAAUCGUUUUCUACUGUAUUUGGUGUAUUCUUUCCUACUGCUACGGGUGUUAUGGCAGGAGUAAAUAUGAGUGGUGAUUUGAAAAAUCCUGGUAAAAGUAUACCUACCGGAUCGCUAACUAGUUUAGCAGUAAGUGGAUUCCUUUACCUACUUUUUGCCAUAUUACUUGGUUCAGUAUGUACAAACGAUGCCCUUGUCAGUGACUAUUUAAUUGCUAGUAGGGUAUCAUGGAUUACUGUUCUCUUUCUGAUAGGUUUAUAUAUCUCUUCGUUAUCAUCAUGUUUUGGAGGAUUAUACGGGGCCCCAAGGGUAUUACAAAAGAUUGCACUAGAUGAUGUUGUCCCUAUCCUAAAAAAUCUAUCGAAAGGGCGAGGACCAAAUAAAGAACCUUGGCUAGCAACCCUUAUAAUUGGAUUAUUAUCAUUCGUUUUUAUUUUAAUUGGUCAUCUAAAUACCCUCGGUCCAAUUGUCGCUAUGCCAUUUAUGAUUACCUAUAGUGCAAUAAAUUAUUCAUACUUUGCAUUAGCUAUGAGUUAUGAUAAGCAGCAAGAAAUACAGCAAGAAAGAACAAUUUGGCAUGAUACUGAAGAUGACAGCUGGAAAUCGUUAAAUGAAGUCGAGAGGAAAAAUAAAAGUGUUAUGAGUUCCUACUAUAGCCCUUCUGUACCACUUCCUAAGCAAGCUAGCAUCGACCGUAAGGAAUAUGGCACGUUAAGCCAUCAAGCGACAUAUUCUAAGCAGGAUGGUGUUAAAAUUACUAUUAACGAUGAUGGACAAACCGAUGAAAAGCGAAAUAAUAAGAUCGAGGAUAGUCUUAGCGACGACAAAAAAUCCAAAAAUUUUAAUGGUCAUGCAGAUAUUCAAGAGGAAGCAAUAGGAGAUGACGAUGAUGAUAAGCAACAAUUGCUAUCACAAAAUAAGACAACUGAAGGUAUUAAAAAUCUACUUUAA